GAAAGGAGAGAGAAGAGUAAAACGGUGUCGUUUUUCUGGCAAAUAAGAAUCCACCACCGCGGCGCCGCCGAAGCCAAGGCUGAGCAAAUCGGAAAGGCCGAAAAUGAAAUAAAAAGAGAUGAAAUAAGUAAAUAAAGAAGGAGAAGAAGGAGAAGAAGAAGAAAGUGAGGUUGCAACGGUCGGAGCCUUGGGGGGGCCUCAAAAUCCAUUUAAAGUUCUUCACGAGAAAGACUCAAAACCCAUUAAUUUCUUUUUCCUUUUUCUCUUCACUCUUUCUCAAAUUUCUCCUUUUUCGUUGUUUUUUUUUUUUUUUUUUUGGCCCCCUUCUUUUUCUCUCUCUUUUCAUCUCAAUUUUAUUUUUUUUCCCUUUUUUCUUUUUUCUGUUAUUUGACUGAGAUUUCAGAGCGAUGGGAGAGAAAAGUUCCAGAAAGAAAAUAAAGGGAAAGCCAAAAGAAGGGGCUGGAAGAAGAUUCUGAGCUCCCCCAAAUGCCCUUUUCCUUCUUUUCCCUUUUACCAUCUUAAGAAUGGCGGACGAUCCUUCUUCAUUGACCAAGGGUCUAGCAUGUGGAUGACCAAGGCUAGUACCUUUAUGGAUUUUAAAUUCAAAGUUUUCCAUCUGAAGUCGGGAGGAAACUUUUAUUUCAAAGGUCCCCAAGAAAUCCCCAUUGAUGCUAAGGAUGAUUGUCUUGGUCUUUGCGAUGGUCUGUGGUGUAUUUAUAUGCUCAGUUUGUCUGAAACAAAUUAGCACCAGAUCGAAGGUCGGUUUUAUGAAAGUCCAAGUUAUUGACAUGCCCUGUUCAAAGCCUACAAUUGAUCCUUCAGAUGUUCCUUUUGUUCAUUUUCCUAAACCUACAACAUAUAGCAGGGCUGAAUGUGCUUGCCACCCGGUUCGAUACUUUGCCAUUUUGUCUAUGCAGAGAUCAGGCAGUGGUUGGUUUGAGACGUUAUUAAAUAAUCAUACUAAUAUAAGUUCCAAUGGAGAGAUAUUCUCAGUUAAAGUUAGGAGAAGUAAUAUUUCAACCAUUGUUGAAACUUUGGAUAAAGUUUACAAUCUGGACUGGUUUACUAGUGCUUCAAAAAAUGAGUGCACAGCAGCUGUUGGCCUUAAGUGGAUGCUUAAUCAGGGGUUGAUGCAACACCAUGUAGAAAUAGUAGAGUACUUCAAACGUCGUGGGGUUUCUGCUAUUUUUCUAUUCCGCAGAAACCUUCUACGCAGAAUGAUCUCAGUACUAGCGAAUUCUUAUGAUCGAGACGCCAAGCUAUUGAAUGGAACCCACAAGUCUCACGUGCAUUCAAAUCACGAGGCAAAUAUACUCGCAAAGUACAAACCUUUAAUUAAUGCCACUCUGUUGAUGCCCAAUUUGAGGCAAGUAGAAGAUACAACAACUAAAGCAUUGGAGUACUUCAAGAGCACCCGACACAUUGUUUUGUAUUACGAAGAUGUAGUUAAAAACCGCACUAAAUUAAGAGAUGUUCAAGACUUUCUAAAGGUUCCACGAAGGAAGUUGAAGAGUCGUCAGGUGAAGAUACACCGUGGUCCAUUGUCGAAUCAAAUCGAGAACUGGGAAGAUGUUCAGAAGGCACUUCGGGGAAGCCGAUACGAGAACUUUUUAAAUGCAGACUACCGGAAGUAACGUACGAAACUGAAGAGGCAGGCAAGCAAGCUAAGAAGGUGUAUAUAGAGCAUCAUCAUUUUGUGCCAUAAGUAAUCACCAACAGGAGGAGGAAUUGAGGCAUCCUUUUUGUUGCAAUUUUGGCUUUGGCACAAUGCCAAAUUUUGUUUGUUUUUUAGAGAUUUAAAUCUUCUGUCUUUAUUCUCUAUUCCUUUUUCUUUAUUUCUUUUUGUCAGUAAUAUUCAGUUCAUUCUUUUAACAUCUUCUCUUCUCAAAUUGGAUUCAACAUUUUUUAACACCACUAAUCAUGAGAGAAGUUCCAUAAUUUUUUUUUUUUAUUGUAUGAAAUGUAGCCUUUGUUUUUGUUUUUGAGAAGGGGGAUUGUAAAGACCACAGACAUUUUUUCCCACACUUGUUAUUGGAUCUGAAGAAAUUUGAUUUACUCUUUUGAUUA